AUGGGCUUCGGCAAUAUUUCAAGAGUGAGAACUCUGCUUUCUUCUCUUCCAUAUUUUUUCUUGUUUCUAUUACCAAAUUGCAUAGCAAUAGACACUAUCAGUACAGGUCAAUCAAUCACAGAUGGAGAAACCUUAGUAUCAUCUGGAAACAUCUUUGAAUUAGGUUUCUUCAGUCCUGGUAAUUCUACUAAUCGAUACGUCGGGAUUUGGUACAAGAAGACCUCAUACACACAAGUUGUUGGGGUCUUAAACGCCAUGAAACCGAUUCUGGAUUCCCAUGGAAGUUUGUCCAUCAACAAUGAAGGUAAUCUUGUUAUUUUAGAUGGGAAACAAAAUGUGAUUUGGUAUACAAAUGCUUCUUCUAUGUGGAGUAAUACUAGUACUGUUGCAAUACUAGAUGACAUGGGAAACUUUGCUCUUAGAGAUAACCAUUUAAAUGUGUCACUUUGGGAUAGUUUUGAUCAUCCUUCCAAUACUUUAAUUCCAAACAUGAAGCUUGGAGGUAAUGACAAAUUGGGAAUAAGUCUUAGAUUAACAUCUUGGGUAAGCGAAAACAAUCCGGCACCGGGAAAGUUUUUCUUGCGCCGGAAUCGACAAGAAGCACAGCAAGUAUACAUCGUGAGUGGGUCAGCUGCAACCAUCGUGAAUGGUUCGAAUUUAGUCAAGCACUGGAAUUCCGGUCAGUGGAACGGUCGGAGCUUCAUCGGAAUACCGGAAAUGCCUCAAGAUUACAUUAAUGGUAUCACCUUCAGCAGCGACGGUAAUGGAGGAGAGUAUUACACUUAUUCCUUAUCUGAUACUUCAAACAUUUCCCUUGCCGUUCUUCUUUCUUCAGGAAAUAUAGAGACAAAAAAUUGGGAUGAACAAAAGAAGGAAUGGGUUGUUUUUUGGUUAGCAAUCAAUAGCCAAUGUGAUGCUUAUGGUGCAUGUGGACCUUUUGGGGUUUGUAACAAGAUGGAAUCGUUCAUUUGUAGCUGUAUGAGAGGGUUUCAACCCAAAUUCCCUGAGAAAUGGAGAAAUGGAAAUUGGAGUGAUGGGUGCGAGAGAAGUACUCCAUUACAGUGUGGUUCUGGUUCCGAAGGGUUUCUGAAAUUGGAAGGAAUUAAGUUACCAGAUGUUUCAGAAUAUUUACUACGUACGGACGAGAAUGAAUGUAAAGUCAGAUGCCUCAACAAUUGUUCUUGUUUGGCUUAUUCAUUUGUUAGUGGAGCUGGAUGUUUGGUUUGGACCACGGAGUUGAUUGACGUUCAGCAGUACUCUUCCGGUGGUCAAGACCUUUAUCUCCGUCUUCCAUCUUCAUUACUAGGGGCAAAUACAUCUGAUUUGGUCAAAGCCAGGGAGAGUUUUUCAUCCUCUGUCCAAGAUGUAGAAGAUCCAGAAAUCCAAUUUUCCCAUGUAAAACUUGGAGAAGAUCAAGAACUCCAAUUAUUUGACUUUGAUAGUGUCAAAAUGGCUACAAACAACUUCUCAUUUUGUAACAAAAUAGGAGAAGGAGGUUUUGGCAUUGUUUAUAAGGGUGAUCUAUCAUCUGGACAAGCUAUAGCAGUCAAAAGACUUUCAAGAACAUCAGGACAAGGAAUUACAGAGUUCAAGAAUGAAAUUAUGUUAAUUUCUAAACUCCAACACAGGAACCUUGUCAAGCUUGUUGGUGUUUGCAUUGAAGGAGAAGAAAAGCUUUUACUUUAUGAGUAUUUGAGCAACAAAAGCUUGGAUAAAUUCCUAUUCGACCCAACACAAAGAGCAGAAUUGGACUGGACUACACGCUUUAAGAUUAUCGAGGGAGUUGCUUGUGGACUACUUUAUCUUCAUCGUGAUUCUCGGUUAAGAGUCAUUCAUCGAGAUUUGAAGACGAGCAACAUUCUCUUAGAUGAACAAAUGAAUCCAAAAAUUUCAGAUUUUGGCAUGGCAAGGAUCUUCGGCGUGAAACAGGAUCUAGCAAAUACUAAUAGAGUGGUUGGAACAUAUGGCUACAUGGCACCGGAGUAUGGCUUGGAAGGGAUAUUUUCUGAAAAAUCAGAUGUCUUUAGCUUUGGUAUCUGUUUACUAGAGAUUGUGAGUGGUGCAAAAAAUAGUAGCUUUUGUCAUGACGAAGAACAUCUAAGCUUUCUGGGUUAUGCAUGGAAAUUAUGGAACACAGGCAAGGGAAUGCAAUUGAUUGAUCAAACAAUAGUUGAUAGUUGCGAUCCACUUGAAGCAAUGAGAUGCAUCCAUAUAGGACUUCUAUGUGCGCAAGAUUAUGCGGUGGACAGGCCAACUAUGUCUAAAGUAGUUUACAUGCUUAGUACUGAAACAACUGAUCUUACUCCUCCAAAAAUGCCUUUAUAUAUCCGUGACAACAAGGAUUAUAUUAAUUUGAGUUCACAUGGAAGUGAUGUAAACUCUAUAAAUGAAUGUUCCAUAACAGCCAUUGAAAGUCGAUAAGAAGCAUAAUUAC